AUGCUUUGCUUGCAAUGGACUGAGGAUGAGGUGGGGGCACUGGUCUUUGACAUUGGUUCCUUCUCUGUCCGUGCUGGGUACACUGGGGAGGACUGCCCCAAGGCUGACUUCCCCAAUGUGGGGCUGCUGGCCGCGGAGGAGGAGGGCGGGCUGGAGUUGGAGGGGGAGAAAGAGAAGAAAGGGAAGAUCUUCCACAUCGACACUGACGCCCUGCAUGUGCCUCGGGAUGGAGCAGAGGUCAUGUUGCCCCUCAAGAAUGGCAUGAUUGAGGACUGGGAAUGCUUCCGUGCCAUCCUGGAUCACACCUACAGUAAACACGUCAAGUCCGAACCCAACCUGCACCCAGUGCUCAUGUCCGAGGCCCUGUGGAACACACAGGCCAAGGGGGAGAAGCUGACAGAGCUGAUGUUCAAGCAGUACAACAUUCCUGCCUUCUUCUUAUGCAAGACGGCUGUGCUCACCGCCUUUGCAAACGGACGUUCCACGGGCCUGGUGCUAAACAGUGGGGCCACCCACACCACAGCCAUCCCAGUACAUGACGGCUACGUCCUGCAGCAAAGCAUUGUCAAGUCACCCCUGACAGGAGAUUUCAUCUCUAUGCAGUGCAGGGAGCUCUUCCAGGAAAUGGCCAUGGACAUCAUCCCACCUUACAUGACUGCAGCCAAGGAACCCGUAUGGGAGGGCGCCCCUCCAAACUGGGAAAAGGAGAAGCUACCCCAGGUUUCCAAGUCCUGGCAUAACUACAUGUGCAAUGAGGUGAUUCAGGACUUCCAGGCCUCAGUGCUGCAGGUCUCAGACUCUCCCUACGAUGAGCAGGUGGCCGCGCAAAUGCCCACAGUGCACUACGAAAUGCCCAACGGCUACAACACAGACUACGGGGCUGAGCGGCUCCGCAUUCCUGAGGGCCUGUUUGACCCCUCCAAUGUCAAGGGCCUGUCGGGGAACACCAUGCUUGGUGUGGGCCACGUGGUGACCACCAGCAUCGGCAUGUGUGACAUCGACAUCCGCCCGGGCUUGUACGGCAGUGUCAUUGUCACGGGGGGGAUCCUGCAAAAACCAUCCAGAUUGGAAGAUACCCCUCAGGUCAAGGUUCUAAAACCCGGCCCCCCCAUCAGACGUACCCGACCUGACACAGAUAGCAGCCACAAGCCGAUUCAGGAACUGUUACGCUAUUCUAGAGCACCAGAGAAAAAUCAGACCAAGUCGGGGCUCAAUCAAGCUCUACAAGCCUCAGUUAUCCAGAGGUUGGACAAGAUCACAAUUUUGGAUGAAGUCCAGCUUCCUGUGCCAAACAAAAGGGAGGGAGAUAGGAGGAUCCCAUUUCGCUCCAUUCUCAGUAAACGAUCAGGUCACACGGCACACAGGUCUCUGGAAAUCCCCGCUUUAGAAAGCACUCUCUCCCCGAAAUUCAAAGGGUCUUGUACGUGGCGUUCUGCAAGGCCUGACUCAGGAGAAACAGGACAAGUGCGUCUAAAGCCACGGAGCUCAGGCCAAAGAGUACAGGUGGCUCAAGCCAAAACUACUGGCGCCAAGAUAGUUGGAGCCAAGAGGCUGGCAUCUCAAGAUGUCUCAGGCAGCCACCAAUGUCCCCUGCCACAGCAACUCUGUCUUUCAGGAAAUCCCUGUGAAUUCGGGGAUGAGAAGAGCAUCCCAGUCCCAAAUGAGAACUACCACUUCCUAACCUUCCUGUGUCACCACACCAACCAUUUGGAAGAAGACAACCAUUCCGGUCAGAUACCUGCUUGUGCUGUUGAAUUUCGCAUUCAUACCACCCUGACCAUCCACCACAAACGCUAA